AUGCUCGAACAUAAUCUUAUUCCAACACUGAUCAAUUUUCCGCAAUACUUAUAUACUCAAGUGAUCGUUCAAGCAACACUGGCCGUCGACUCGUUUUUCUUCCUCAGCGGACUACUGGCUUCUUAUCUAUUCUUCAAGAAGCUACUCAAAGAUAAAGUCAUCCGAAACGCUCGAAAUCCACUGAUGUGGUUAAUGAUCUACGUCAAACGCUACACGAGGCUUACUCCCACUUAUGCCGUUAUCAUGUUGUUCGACGUCACCCUAUUCACUUAUGUCACGUCAGGACCCUUCUGGAGACCUAUAGAACAACAAGGGUGUCGUAUCAGUUGGUGGACGAAUUUCAUCUAUAUGAACAACUUCCUCCUUCAGGACAAAGAAUGUUGUCAAAACUUUAUUCGUUGUGGUCCGUUUAUUGUUGGCGUGACCGUCGGAUUUCUUCUCAACUACCUGACUCAAGGUCAAAAAGACAAUGUCGUAACAAUGCAAAAGAAAUGGGUAAUGAUUGGAUGGAUCUGCUCAACAGUAUUAGGAUUGUAUUCGGUGUUCGGCUUGUACGAAUAUGCCCGUACAGGCGAUAUUUCGGAGUGGUGGAGAGUGCUAUAUGUGAUUGCUGGGAGACAUUCUUAUGCUCUAGCGCUCGGAUGGGUGACAUUCGCUUCUGCUACAAAGAAUGGAGGUCCAGUAGGAGCGUUUCUCGGCUGGAAGUUCUUCAUGCCGUUGUCAAAGAUCACAUUUUGUGCAUACCUCCUCCACCCAAUAAUGCUGCAGAUCUACAAUUUCAGUCGACCUCAACCAUUUCACUUUACUACUGGCUUCCAAAUGCUGCGACACACACUCGAGGCCAUUUUCGUAUCCUAUUUGAUGGCAUUCUUUUUUGCAUUGGCAUUCGAGAAGCCUUUCAAUAUUUUCGAUGAAAUGCUGCUCCCUGUUAAACGAAGAACAGCCACAAGACGAAAAUCUAUCGAAAUUGACGGUGCUAAUGGUGAAACUCAGCCUCUCAAAAAUUGA